UUAAGUACAGACUGGAGAAAGAUAUUGCUAUAUUUGAUAGCCAAUGCCAUUAUGCCACAUAGUUAGACUUUCUAUAUAUACACAUUUUGAGAUCUUUGAAUUGCUGAGAAAUUCAGUCUUGAAGUAGAAGAAAAGUAAAGAGAAGGCAUCAUGAUAUUCAGGAUAGUCUUUCUAUUCCUGGCUCUUAUGGUGACAAAUUCAGUUGCUCUCUCGGCGCAGCAAACAUAUAUAGUACACAUGGACAAGACCAAAAUCGAAGCCUCAACUCAUUCUCAAGACGGCACAAAACCAUGGUCUGAAUCAAUCAUUGAUUUCAUUUCUCAAGCUUCAAUAGAAGAUGAAGAUGAAGAAGAAGAAGAAGAAGAAGAGGUGCUUUUAUCACCUCAGCUUCUUUAUGCCUAUGAAACCAACAUGUUUGGUUUUGCAGCCACACUUUCUGAAAAACAACUUAAACACUUAAACCAAGUUGAUGGUUUUCUUUCAGCCAUACCUGAUGAAUUAUCAACCCUCCACACAACACACACACCACAUUUUCUUGGCCUGACUAAUGGAAAAGGACUUUGGAGUGCUCCAAGUUUGGCCUCAGAUGUGAUCAUUGGUGUCCUUGAUUCCGGAAUAUGGCCUGAACACGUCAGUUUCAAAGACUCGGGUUUUUCUCCAGUACCUCCUCAUUGGAAAGGUGUUUGUGAGCAAGGUACAAAAUUCUCACUCUCAAAUUGUAACAAGAAGCUUAUUGGUGCAAGAUACUAUUUCAGAGGGUACGAAAAAUUCAUCGGAAAAAUCAAUGAAACAACUGAUUAUCGUUCCGCUAGAGACUCUCAAGGACAUGGAACGCACACUGCCUCGACCACGGCUGGUAAUGUGGUGAAAAAUGCAAACAUUUUUGGACUUGCUAGAGGCUCAGCUAGUGGAAUGAGGUAUACUUCAAGAAUUGCAGCGUAUAAAGUAUGCUGGCUUUCUGGUUGCGCGAAUUCAGACGUGUUAGCAGCUAUGGAUCAAGCAGUUUCUGAUGGUGUUGAUGUACUAUCACUAUCUUUAGGAAGUAUUCCAAAACCAUUUUAUAAUGAUAGUAUUGCUAUAGCUUCAUUUGGAGCAACGAAAAACGGUGUUUUUGUUUCUUGCUCAGCAGGCAACUCAGGCCCUUUUGCAUCAACUGUGGGAAACGGCGCACCAUGGAUCAUGACAGUUGCUGCUAGCUACAUUGACAGAACUUUUCCAACAAAAGUAAAACUUGGAAACUCAAAAAAUUUUGAAGGCACAUCUUUGUACCAAGGAAAAAACGAACCAAACCAACAAUUCCCACUUGUUUAUGGAAAAACAGCAGGUAAAAAGAGAGAAGCAGUAUUCUGCACAAAAAACUCACUUGAUAAAAAACUUGUUUUUGGAAAAAUAGUUGUUUGUGAAAGAGGAAUCAAUGGUAGAACCGAAAAAGGAGCGGAAGUUAAAAAUUCAGGUGGAUAUGGAAUGAUACUACUCAACUCUGCAAAUCAAGGCGAAGAGCUUCUUUCUGAUCCUCACAUUUUGCCAGCUACUUCCUUAGGUGCUUCAGCAGGUAAAGCUAUUAGAAUCUACCUUAACACUACUAAAAAACCAACAGCUUCAAUUUCCUUUCUAGGAACAAGGUAUGGUAACAUUGCACCAAUAGUGGCAGCAUUUUCUUCUAGAGGACCAAACAUAAUAGCACAAGAUAUUAUCAAACCAGAUGUAACUGCACCUGGUGUUAACAUCUUAGCUGCAUGGCCAUCAAAAACUAGUCCAAGUAUGAUCAAGAGUGACAAAAGAAGAGUACUAUUCAACAUUGUUUCUGGUACCUCAAUGUCUUGUCCUCAUGUUAGCGGCGUAGCCGCGUUGAUUAAAUCAGUACAUAAAGAUUGGUCACCUGCAAUGAUCAAAUCAUCUCUUAUGACAACAGCUUACACAUUGAACAAUAGAAAACUUCCAAUUUCUGACCUUGCCUUAAAUAACUCAGCUCCUGCUAACCCUUUCGCAUUUGGUUCAGGACAUGUUAAUCCAGAAAGUGCUUCUGAUCCUGGAUUAGUCUAUGAUAUUAACACCAAAGACUACUUGAAUUACUUUUGCAGCCUUAAUUUUACCUCUUCAGAGAUUACUAUAUUGACAAAAACUAACUUCAAAUGUUCUAAGAAACCAGUUUUUCAAGUUGGUGACUUGAACUAUCCUUCAUUUUCUGUUUUGUUUAGCAAAACAACACAUAAUGUGACAUACAAAAGAGUUGUCACAAAUGUUGGAAAAUCACAAAGUGCUUAUGUUGUUGAAGUUUUAGAACCUCAUGGAGUUAUUGUUAAUGUUGAACCAAGGAAAUUGAAGUUUGAAAAAUUUGGUCAGAAAUUAAGCUAUAAAGUUACAUUUUUGGCAGUUGGAAAAGCUAGAGUUACUGGUAGUUCAUCAUUUGGAUCAAUCAUUUGGGUAUCAGGCAAAUAUAAGGUUAGAAGUCCUAUUGCAGUGACAUGGCAAUAGUGAAAAAUCAUUCUACUCGGAGAAGAAAGAAUGAACUUGAUUUGAUCUUACAUUACAUUAUUGUUGAAAAUUGUAGUAUCAUAAGGGUAAUUUAUAAUUUCUUCUUACUAAUUGUUUUCAUUGUUGUAAUUUGGAAUGAUUCAUUUGUACACUUUAUAUUUAUCAUUUUAUCAAUGAUAAUUUUAUUCAGACUA